CUUCGUCACUCUUUUUUUAUUUUUUUUAUUUUCAACCCCAAAACACACUAACAACAAUGGGCAAGUUCUGUCCUAACUGCGGCAAGGCUGCCGACUCUGGAAAGUUCUGCGGCGAGUGCGGUGCUGCCAUCGAUGGAGGCGCUGCUUCCCCUAGCGGCUCGUCUGCUCAAGCGGUCGCCAAAGUUAGCGUGACCACCGAGGCCAAGGUCGAGGGCGGUGAUGAUAUCAUUUGGGAAGGCGAGACCUGGCCCAAGGGCUGCCUCUCGCCCAUGUGCUGCUCUGCUACCCACUGGAAGAUCUCCCGCAAGCGCAUCGAUAUCACCCGUGGCUGCUGCGGCUCCACCAUGGACACCACUGACUUCCGUCGUGUCACUGACAUGAACUUUAGCCGCAGCAUUCUCCAGAUGUGCCUGAACCGCGGCACCAUUACCAUCUUCAGCUCAGACGCCACCGACCCCGAGUUGAAGCUGACCACCUGGCGCAUGAAGGCCCUUUACCCCAAGCUCCGUGACGCCUGGGGCAAGGCUCGCAUUGCCACUUCUGUCGAUGUGCCCGACCACCAUUAAUAAAUAAAAAGAAAAAAAAAAAGGCCGAGCUACCUUGGCUUUUGCUCGUUCGUUUUUGAAUAUCCCGUUUUUUUCGUUUUGUCUUGAAGCCUGUUAUGCCCACCCUUCUUUCCACCAUUAAUUAACAUUUUGC